AUGCUUCAACCCUGGAGGACCAUCCUCCUCCUUCUCGCCUCAAUCAGCGCUGCACUGGUCGAGGCUGUGCCUACCAUCUCCUUCCCCAUCAACUCCCAGGUGCCGCCUGUCGCGAGGAUAUCGCAGCCAUUCUCAUACGUCUUCCCCUCAUCGACCUUCACGUCGUCCUCCGGAUCGCCGCUGUACUAUUCCCUGAGGAACCCCCCGUCCUGGCUCUCCAUCGACAGCGACCACCGCAGACUGUACGGAACACCCCAGGAUGCCGACAUCGCACCCGGCACAGUGGUCGGGGUUCCCAUCGCCCUGGUAGCGAACGACUCGACUGGCUCAACGUCUCUUGCGGCGACUCUGGUUGUUUCUCGCGAUCCUGGACCCGCCGUCCAGGUGCCAGUCUCUGAGCAGAUACGGAGUUUUGGCGCCUACUCUGAGCCAUCAUCCAUCCUGCUGUAUCCAGACAGAGAUUUCAUUUUCGCCUUUGCCCCGAAUACCUUCACCGACACACAAGUCCCAAUUCUCAACUACUACGCUGUCACUACGGACAACAGCCCACUGCCAGCCUGGGUCUCCUUCGACGAGGGCACAUUGGCUUUUUCCGGAACGACGCCGCCAUUCGCCUCUCUAAUAGAGCCUCCACAGACCUUUUCUCUGAAACUCGUUGCGUCGGAUGUCACAGGCUUCUCUGCAGCCUCGAUCGCCUUCUCCAUCGUGGUCGGAAGCCACGCCUUGACAGCCACCCAGCCGAGCAUCACGCUAAAUGCCACCGUUGGAACACCUCUUGCGUAUACAGGGCUGGUUGGCAACGUAAAAAUCGAUGGCCAGCCCGCAGCCAUUACCGAUGUCCCCAGGGCCACGCCGGAGAAUCUGCCGUCAUGGCUGGCAUUCGAUCCUGAUUCGUGGGCGAUCGCUGGCACACCCCCAGAUACGGCACAAUCAACUUCAUUUUCGGUCAUCAUGGAAGACGACUUUUCGGACAGAUUAAACAUUACUUUUGACGUUGAACUUGCAACAAGCGGUAGUCUUUUCCAGGGCGUCUUUCCGGCCAUGAGCCUCAAGGCCGGUGACCGCUUGUCAUUUGACCUAAAGCCAUUUUUGCUCAACCCUUCUGACUCUGUGAUCACGGUCGACGUCCAACCAUUGACUUCAUGGAUCGAGUUCGAUGCAUCGAACUUGGUCUUGUCAGGGGACGUGCCGACUUCGGCGCCGAGUUCUGUCAUAGAAGUCGUCUUUAACGUCAAGGCAGAGGCUCGUCGGCUAAAGAGAGACGAGACGUCACAGUCACAGAAACUCACUAUUCAGAUCUCUUCUAACGCGCAGUCGACAUCAUCCACCAGCCCAGAGUCUUCGACCGGCACCGCUUCAUCAACCGCCACAUCGAAGGGCUCCGCUGCGCCUGGGGACCAGCCCACACACAAUGCGACCACAAAUGUGGUCCUGGUCGCGAUCCUCGUUCCCCUCAUCUUGGGACUCCUUUUUGCUAUAUGCUUCUGCUUCUGCUGCUACCGUCGACGUCAGAGACGCCUUUCGCGCACUCCUCUGGAAGGGAAGGAAAGUUGCGGUCCAGAGCCCACCAAUUAUAUACAUACUCAAGGCUUUGACCCUGAGGCGGCGCCUCUGGAUGUGAGUGAACAGCAAUCGGUGGGACUCACCAAGUCUCCAGUCGAGAAAUCCAAACCUCGAAAACCUAGCAACCUCCGAUCCGAAUACACCGGCUCCCCUAUUCCCGAGGCUCCAGCUCCAGCCCUGCCGAUUAUCGUUCAUGAUGCGCCUACUCAUGAUCCAUUACCAGGCAAAUAUCGAGAAUUGAUGGCACCACUGCGCAACUUCCGCAUCCCUCGCUUGAAACGCGGGAAUACUCGGACCUCGACGGAUUCCUUCGACGAAGACGAUGGCCGUGGCUUCAGCUUGGAUCAUCCGCCUUCCAUCACCCUGCGUCAAAGUCGUCAGAACUCUUUUCGUAGCGAAGUAGAAGUCAGCAUCCCUUCCCUCGACUCGGAGCAUAGUCCUCUGCAAACGCCAGACGCGGCCUAUACUGGGUCUACAACACAGCUUGCUCGGGACGGUGGUCAAAAUUAUCCCUUUCCCGCCACUCCAAUGAACCGUCAUCCUCCACCGCGAAACCCUGCGAGGGUACAUAGUGAACCUAGUAGACGGAACCGAGACAUCACGCCUAUUGAUCAAUCAGAGAUCAUUAUCGAAAAGACCCGUCCAGCCGCGGAUGAGCCCACGAUUCGAGAACACCCCGCACUUCGGCACGCCAAGUCCCAGAAGUCCUUCCUCAGCUUCUCUUCGGUUGACACAUUCAGAGGAACCCGUCGACUCGCUGGCAAAGCCACAGCAUCGGCUAAAGGUGCAGCAAGUCUUGCUAGUGCCGCGGUACAACGCAAGACUCUGAAGGCUUGGGGUAAAGUGCGGCUCCAUGUUCAGGACUCACCGCACGCGAGGCAGGGCAUAUUCGACAAUGUGAUACCCAGCAGGGGCGACUUCCGUAGAUCUGGCCACUUUGGUGGUAGUGGUGGGUAUAUGAGCUUGCGAGACCCUGGUGUGCCGGCGACUGUGCCCACUCCGCGGGUGGCCACGGCGCCGGUGGCACUCAACAGCGAGAGCCAUAGGAUGCGGCAGGCGCGGAUGAAUGGAAGCGUUAGCAGUAGUGGUAGUCGCAGCAGCCGGGCCAUGUCUGUCGGAGCCGGUGAGAAGCGUUCGAGUCAGAGCGACCCGGGCACGGUCCGCCGACGGCGCGGCAGCGGCUCAUACGACCUGCCACAGCGUCCCACUACAUCACCUCGGGAGUCGUACACGGGGCUCGGGAUCGCAGACUACGAGGGGCUUGUCUACAACUCGCCGUUUCACCCGUCGAGAGAUAACAGAGGCAGAGGAGUAGGGAAGGCGACAACGACGUCGUGGGCUACGACGCAGCCGCGUCUGUCGCGGUCUUCCUCAAUGGAUCGGCCGGUGACGGCCAAGACGGCGCAGACUCUACAGAGCGUAAGCAGUGUGAGGGACUCGAGAAACUGGGUCGUGCACCAGGAGAGUCCGAUGGAGAGCCCGAUGGAGAGCCCGGUCAUCCCGAUGAGGAAUCGACAGGGCAGUGAUGGCGGUGGUGGUAUUCGCAUGGUCAGCGAAUUGACGCCCUCGAGGAAACCAGUUGUGCGGUGGACAAGUGCUACCUCGCAGCAGCAGGCCGGUGGCGGCAGCGGCAAUAAUGAAAUCAAGAGGAAGAGUGUGGCACAGUCUGGACAGUCUGGGACGAGUAGGGAAUCUGAAGGGCCGCCUGCCUUUAUAUGA